AUGGCCGGUUUAGAAGCUCUCGCGUCGGCAAUCUACCAUGAGAAACAACAACCAGGUUCCAUGCUCUGCGCACAGCAUGCUCUCAACUCACUCCUCCAAGGAAACUAUUUCACCGCACCAGAUCUUUCGGACAUUGCCAGAAAUCUGGAUGCGCUAGAAGAAAGCUAUGAUGAUGAUCGAGGGCAGACCAGUACCAACAUGGAUGACACCGGUUUCUUUUCCAUCCAAGUGCUCGAAAAUGCGCUCAAAGUGUGGGGCCUGAACCUCGUUCGAUGGAGAAGCGAAGACAUGCGACCCUAUCACGAUCGUCCACACGUCCAACUGGGGUUCAUCCUUAAUCUGGAACAGCACUGGUUCACACUUCGUCGAUUCGGUCCUGCCUUCCCAAACCCCGACUUGGAUCCAGGAGAAGGACAUUGGUUCAACUUAAACUCGUUCUUGAAAGCACCGGAAUGGGUUGGAAGAACGUACCUAGGAAUGGUAUUGCAACAAGCCGAAGCAGAUGGCUACUCUGUGUUUGUCGUGACUCAAGCCGACCCUGAAGCACCCCUUGCUUUACCUCGAGUCCUGGCUGACGAGAUCGCCGCCACUCUGCCAGAACCUACUUCAUCAGGCGCAGCGACUUCCUCGUCCUCGAGAUCAUUCCAGCGAACCAUGUCGGCCUCCUCGCCUUCUCCCGCCACACAGGCCGAAGCUUCGCAACCGGCGGAAGAGCACUUUGACGAAGAGGACUACGAGUUGCAAGCAGCACUCCAAGCCUCACUCAUGGCGAGUCACCAAGACAGUGCAGGUGGCAAUGACGACCACGCAACCAUGGACCACGUCCCUCCUUCAGUUCCCCGUGGAAAUGUCCCAUUACCCCAUCCACCGACUUCCAUCAGCAGUUUGGGAUCGCGUGCAGUUGCUGGUAGCACCACUCAGGAUGAGGACCCUGCAGCAGAUGUCGACCCGAUUGCUGCGAGCAUGGAACGAAGUCGCCUUCAUCUCCAGAGAUUCCAGGCAGAGCAAGAAUUCGCGCAACGUGAAAUGUGGAGUGAGGCUGAUUUGAGCCCAGAGGAACUGCAGGCUUUGCAGGAACGGCGAGAGCGGAGACGUCAGGAGGAGGAAAGGGAGGAGGAGGAGCUCAGGAGGGCUAUCGAGGAGAGCGAAAGACUGGCAAAUGAGCAUCGGUCGAAACGUGCAAAGUUGUCGGAAGGCGAUGAUGAUGUGGAAAUGACUUCUCCCCAGGCGCCGUCCUUUAGCGGCGGCCCGAGCCACUUUGGCAACCAUCGAGUAUAUGAUGAUGAAGAUGCUGAACUGCAGGCGGCACUGAAGGCUUCGUUGGAGAAUGUGCCAGAAGGAUGGGUGGAGCCCGAACCCUUCAGUGCACCGGUUCCUCGCCGUCCUACCCCGCCUCCACCUGUUACGACAAAAGACAGGGAUGAUAACAAGUCGACAACUUCGACAAACACCAAGACGACGUCGACUGAAGAAGCGGAGCCCGAAUCAGAACCCACACCACAGGCUAUUGACAUGGAUGAAAUACGACGGAGGCGGUUGGCUAGAUUUGGGGGUUGA